CUUUGCCCAAGUGGGGGUAUUUCCAGCUUUGUGGUUUUCACUUCCACUUUUACCAGGUGGGCGGAGUGGCCUCCGGUGGACAAAUCAGAUUCCUCCUCAGCUCCAACUUCAAGAGGUAAGCCGGGGCUCAGGGUCCCAGACACCCAGGCGGCGGCAGCAGCAGCAGAAGCAGGAAGUGUGGGGAAGACCAGAGGCCAGAACCAUGGAAGACCAGCGCGACCUCAUCUCCAACCAUGAGCAGCUGCCCAUGCUGGGCCAACGCCCCGGCGCUCCAGAGAGCAAGUGCAGCCAAGGAGCUAUGUACACAGGCUUUUCUGUCCUGGUGGCUCUGCUCCUGGCUGGCCAGGCCACCACUGCCUACUUCCUGUACCAGCAGCAGGGCCGGCUGGACAAGCUGACGGUCACCUCCCAGAACCUGCAGCUGGAGAACCUGCGCAUGAAGCUCCCCAAGCCAUCCAAGCCUUUGAACAAGAUGAAGGUCGCUGCCCCCAUGAUGAUGCAGGCGCUGCCCAUGCCAGGCCUGCUCCAGGGGCCCAUGCAGAACGCCACCAAGUACGGCAACAUGACACAGGACCACGUGAUGCACGUGCUUCUGGAGACUGACCCCCUGAAGGUGUACCCGAAGCUGAAGGGGAACUUCCUAGAGAACCUGAAACACCUUAAGAGCACCAUGGGGCCCCUGGAUUGGAAGGUCUUCGAGAGCUGGAUGUAUCAGUGGCUCCUGUUUGAAAUGAGCAAGAACUCCCUGGAGAAUAAGCCCGAGGUUCCACUAAAAGUACCGACCAAGUGCCAGGAGGAGGUCAGCCGCAUCCCCGCCGUCCACCCUGGCACGUUCAGGCCCCAGUGUGAUGAGAACGGCCACUAUAAGCCGCUCCAGUGCUAUGGGAGCACCGGCUAUUGCUGGUGCGUCUUCCCCAACGGCACCGAGGUCCCCCACACCAGGAGCCACGGGCACCGUAACUGCAGUGAGCCACUGGACAUGGAAGACCUGUCAUCCGGGCUGGGCCUGACCAAGCAGGACCUGGGCCAAGUGGGCAUAUGAGACAAGCAGACGCAGAUGCCGGCACGCAGCCCGCCCCGCAUGGCCUCUGCCUCCUUGCUCCUCUCCACCCCCAGCCCUAGCCCCCCUCCUUCCCUUACACACUGUCUCCCACUCUGCGCCUCCUUCCACGACACCCUGGCACCUGGCUCUCCAUCAGCCUUAGACACAAGUCACGUCAGAGAACACGGAAUGUAAUGAUGCAGGAGGGUCCUGCUGCCUCACCCCUCAUCCAUCAGCAGGAACGCAGGGCCCAAGGGGGUAGACCAGGAGCUAGGCUGACCCCCAUUUCAGCCUCCAACAUGGAGCACCAAGAUCCAGGCCCACAGACAAGAUGGAAGGCACAGGGCGAGGGGACAGUGCUCCCCCACAUUAACCCAACACGUUAGCUGUUCCUGCCCUUUCGGCCUUGCCUUUCUAGCCUACCUAGCUGCGGGGAGGAGCCACCCUUCCCCUCUCCAGCAGCACUGCCCCCGGGAAGAACCAGCCUCUCCACAACCCCCGCCCUCUUCCCUCCGUGCGGCCAAGCUUGUCACUGGCCCUCAGGGCCGCAGCUCUGUGAGAAUAAAAGGUAGUAAGUAGAACA